CAGCACGUUGUUGGACUCUUCCAGACCUGCAGCUGAAAACCCGACGGGAGGACGAGGAGGAGAAAGACGCAAUAAGAACUUUUAUCCUGUUUUUCUUUCCUUUCGAAGGGGAUAUUCUCUUUAAAGUCCUUCCUGGACAGCAUCGUUUUAACUCUGAGCUCUAAACAAAGUCAGAAUGUGUUUUAGUUAUUCAUAAACAGCAGAUGGCGGUGAUUUUAAAUGUUAUUUGAGAGAGUGUCGGGACGGGAGCAGGUGUUUUCCCCACCCCGCCGCUUAAUUACUCCAAAAGAACUGCAGAAGAUUUAUUUUUUUGUCCUCGAUUUUGACUCAUUUACUCAGCUCCAGUUCUUGUUCUUUGCUUCCACCACCAAUCGCCUCCACUUGCUUAAAAGCAGCCACCGAGGGGACAAGAGUCCACUCUGGUUCCACUCUGCCUGCGAGCGGCCAAAGGAAACCCAAACACUGAGCUGAAGGAUGAUACUUCAAUAGACGUCCUAACAGCCGCUGUCAACAUGUUCCGGCGAGGUUAUGGCGGGGUGGAGUUGCUGCUGGUGCUGUGGGGCCUGGAUCUCUCUAUGCCCUGCCCCCGCCACUGCAUCUGCUACACUUCACCUAGCACCGUUUCCUGUCAGGCCCACAACUUCCAUGACGUGCCCGAGGGCAUCCCCGCUCAGAGUGAACGUGUCUUCUUGCAGAACAACAAGAUCCAGCGGCUGCUCCGCGGCCACUUUUCGCCCACCACCACCAUGCUGUGGCUUUACUCAAACAACCUCUCCUACAUACAGCCGUCCACGUUUCAUGGCUUUGACCGGCUGGAGGAGCUCGACCUGGGGGAUAACCGGCACCUGAAGGCCGUCGCCUCAGACACCUUUAUGGGUCUGGGUCGGCUACACGCGCUGCACCUGUACCAUUGUGGCCUCAUCAGUCUGCCUCCAGGGAUCUUUGCUGGUCUACAUAAUCUUCAGUAUCUCUACCUACAGGAUAAUCAAUUAGAGUUCUUAGAGGAUGAUUUAUUCAUCGACCUCCUGAACCUAAGUCAUCUCUUCCUGCAUGGGAAUCGGCUUUGGAGUCUUCGCCAGAACACUUUCCGAGGAUUGGGCGUCUUGGACCGACUCCUUUUGCACCAGAACCGAAUCCAGUGGGUUGAUCGGCAGGCUUUCCAUGACCUUCGGCGUCUCACCACGCUCUACCUGUUCAAUAACUCCAUCACUGAGCUAUCCGGUGGCACCCUGAUGCAGCUGCCGGCCUUGGAGUACCUGCGUCUAAAUGACAAUCCCUGGGAAUGUGACUGCAAGGCGUUAUCCCUCUGGGACUGGCUGCGAAGGUUUAGGGGCUCCACAUCCACGCUGAUCUGCGUUUCACCGCCGGAGUUGGCAGGAAAGGAUAUGAAGAUGCUGAAGAAUGAAGAGCUACCCAGCUGCUUGUCGAAUGAGGGUCACAGAAGAGGUAACUCUGGAGGGGAGAUGGAGCAUGGAGACUCUUUAAACCACCUAAACCGCCACAGAAUCCAUCACAACCAUCAUCAGCGGCCGUACCUGCCGCAUGGGGACCAGUACAGCUUGCCUUCGGCCUCACCCCUGCCGCGUCCACCGAAGGGAAGCCGCAAAAACUGUACCCGCCGGGGCCGCAAGGGAAAAGGGGGGCUCAAUGAGGUUCAGAUACUUCAGGAGGGGAAUGAGAAGGACUAUUCUCCAGAUGGAGGUAAAUAUGAUAUGUCUGCAUCUUCUAGAAGGAGAAACAAGUGCAUCCCCAGAACUUCUGUUGGUCCACCAAGUGGAGUCCAGAGAGCUAAUAACACUGGAUCCCAUGCAGCAGCAUUUAUUCCCUGUUUGUCAUCAGCUCUGUUUCUGUCAAUCUAUUUUGUGAUUCUGCGCUGAAACAGAACCCAGACACUCAUGUGCUAAUGAUGCAACCUUAUUAUUAAUUCUCCUAAAAAAACACCCUGUCCUGGCUAUUUAAGGAGACAUGUGGACAACCAAGUGUGUACUUGAUACUGUUUGGGAACAUUGUAAAGUAUUCCUGCAGUAAAAAUGCAGGGAUUCUUACGUGUCAAAAGAUGGAAGUCAGGGAGCGCAACUCAGCCCACUGUUUUGAUGAUGUCAGCAUAGAAACAACAGGGAAACUUCUGUCUCUUUGGCAUCAGUCACUUCAUCAAAGUUAUGUACUCAUGAAAACUGUACAGCCUCAUGAAAUAAUGAGCCAAUUAUUCAUUCAAAUUACAGUGAGUGCACACAGUAAGUAUCAAAACAGUUAACCCUCUUGACUCAAUAGUGCUCUCACAGCACAGGCUUGAUCUGUCACUCACACUAGGACAAAGACAGUCAUUUAAAGCUGUCUCUUUGCUCACUCAACAGCACCUUAAGAUCAAGAAACAAAGUACCGCAGACACUGGUGGCAGGAAAAUGAGUCAUUGUGAAGAGUUGCAGCAGUAAUAGCUGUAAUCACUAUCAAUCCGCCGGCAAAUUGCCUCUGCACCCACGUCUCACAGCAGUUUUAAUGCACAUCUGUACACUUUGGCAUCUAAAUAAUACAGCUGAAAUUGUCACACAACAAUAUAACUGUCAGUUCGUCAAAGCAGUCCAGUCGAAAGCGAUCAUUUGUCCUCAACUUUGCAUACCAACCUAAAAGCCAGUUCAAGCUAACAAAUCAUUCUAAAAGCCAACUGGUCUCAUUCAGCAUCCGAGAGUGAGUGAAUAUUCCUAGAAACUGUUGUGUAACUGUAGGUGGAAAGUGGAAAAGGAAAAUAAAUACUCUGAAGCCAUGUGGAUACAACAAAGCUAAAUAAAAAGAGUGCCUAAUGGGAGCCAGUCAUCCUAUGAACAACAUCUGGAGGCGAGAGACAAUUUCAUUCACUCUCCAACUUGUCUUGGUUGAGCACCUCUCUGCAGGCCAAGAAAAAGGGAUUUAGUCUCAGUCAUAAAAGUUCUGAUUCAAUGAAAGUGAUGUGCGCUUCCCUCUGUAAUGCAAUGGAGGUCUGUGUAUCAUUCAAAGCACCAUUCAGUCCAAACAGUCACAAGAAACAGAUUCUGUGUCAGAGGUUUGAUCCGCCUCUGUUGAGUAAAAAGUGAGGUCAGUGUGUGACGAAUGAAAGCGCUUGCGGACUUCUCUUCUCUGGUUUGUUAACAAGGACUUGUUGAUCUUCAAGCCUGUUUGAAGAGCUGGAUUUUAUCGCUGCUAGGUCUGAAGAGAGAAAAUCCCUGUGACAUGUGGAGGCUAUGUGCUCUUCUCCAAGAAUUACCCAUGACAAAAAAGAACAGUGGGAUACAGCAUACCCUUUGAUAACAGUGCAGUUCAACAGUGGUCUUCCCCCAGAAAAUAAAAAGAGACCAACCACCUUCACAGCUCACUGCAAACCCAGGACUCUCAUUUGGUUUUUCUAGACAUCCUGUUUUUCUGUGCAGCUCACCUGAUGUCUCCACCACUCAACUGAAAUUGGUGGAAACUGAUAAAACAAAUCAUUUCAUAAUUUUCCACAGCAAAACAAAGCAUUGUCAUCUUUAUUUGAACUAACUGCUCCUCAUAAGUAGAGAUGCACCAACAUAUUAACAGUCACAAUAUUUUCAGCUUGAAUACCCCCAUUAGGCUACCAGCCAUUUGUAAACUCAAAUUUGAUUAUUGUUCUGGUUGCAUCUCAGAGAUAACUCAAAAGUUAGCUAUUUUCAGGAUCAGCUGAAGAUAGAUCUAGAUAGAUGUCAUAUCACCUAAAGUGCAUAAAUUCCCAAAGUGAGUCAAAUUAACCAUUUUUUAAACUUAUUUUCUGAGGUUAAAAACAAACAAACUACAAAUGAGCAAGAGAAAUAAAUAUUAGCAACUAGAUUUUCACAUUACACUAUUGAUGAUUAUAGUGAACUGGAAAGAAGUACUUCCUGAUUGAUCCACUGGUUCAUGUCGCCCUGCAGUCAAUAGGUGAGAGGUGGAGUCCAUUGACUACUGGAGUAGAAACCCCUCAAGUGAGCCAGAGGUAGUAAGUGAGUAUUGAAGUGCAUCUGCACUGGUUUGUGCUCUAUGCAUAAAGGAGAAGGUGAAGAGAAAGAACAUUACUGCAGCUUUUCUAUCCUUUUGUUCCUGAGAGAUAAUUCAUCCACAUCAGGAAAACAACAAGCCUCUCAAAGAAGCACAAGCUGACAGUAGCAUUGAAUGAAAUUUGGCUUAAUAUGAGUUAGUGAUCCAUUCAUUGUGUUUCAUUAACAUGUGGCGUUGUUGUCCACUUUUCUGCUGACUCCCUUUGACACCAUUGUGCAUUGGAGGGAAGGUAAUUCCAUUAUUAUUUUGUUACUUUGACCCAGAAUGAACAGAAGGCUAAGGCUCAAAAUUGGUAGCAACUGGAAACAAAGGACAUCUAACAACAGACUUGACACAAACACUAGACAGUCGAGACAAGGACCCAACGAGGAACAAGGAACACAGGUGGGAUUAAAUACCCAGAGGGUAAUCAGGGAAACGAGACACAGCUGGGAACCAUCAACUGGAGACUCGAUAGACACAUAAACCUAAAAUAAACACAAAGAAAAUCUUCACAGUAAAAUCAGUGUCAGAUUUUAGCUUUACAAAGGUGGAGAUCAGAUGAGCCUCAAAAUUCUGACUGGUGCAUCUCUACUUAUAAUUAAACAAUAAUUAAGCAAAAAAAAAAAAACACAAUUAUGACAGGUCAUUUAAAGAAGAAAAGCACAAAAAUUGUGAUCCGGUUUACAGAUUACCCCAAAACAAGCAGGUUCGUAUUGGACUCCAGAGGCAGGGGCCAUAUUUGUACCCCAGCUUGUGUGUGUUUCCCGCUGAGUCCCACCUUUUCGUGUCUAUCUAUCUCGAUGUCGGGAACAUUGGGCGGCCUGUCACUAUAGUGUCACUGUCCUGACAAAUAGGAUUAUAGGUCCCUAUAUGAGUAAACUUUGUUUGUGCUGCUGUAAACCAAGAGGUGAUGUAAAUUGUGUCUGUUUAUUCCUGUGAGAAUGACUUUUGUAAUAAAACAAAAAAGAGAAAAAAAAAGAGAGAAGAAGUGAGACUGUUGUGUCUCACUUGUUCCCAUGAAAAAUGUACAGGGAGCUGAAGGCUGGAACUUUGUUAUUUUUUUAAUAUUCUUAUAAUUGUUUUGGUUUUUUGGGUGGGGGGGCUUUCAGUCUUUUUGAUUUGCUGAGUCACUCCAGAUAAACAGCACACUGCAGUGUCCUAUGUGCUUCUCCUCCUUAUCUUUUUCCUUACUUUCCAUUCGUCAUCCUCUUUCUCCAUCUUUCCUUCUUGUUUCCCUUUUCCUUCUCAUCUUCCUGUGCCGCCAUUCUCUCUUUUCAAUAAGCACACACAGACACACACACACACACACACACACACACACACACACACACACACACACACACACACACACACACACACACACACACACACACACACACACACACAUAUCUGUGUAUUAUUUUUCUCUUUUCCUUUGUGGAGCUCAAAUGUUUUCUAUGUGGUUAUCAAACAAUGCCAGACUGAAGCUGUUUAUAAAUAACAUUAAACAGAUAGUGUC